AGGAGUGCAGUGCUUAACACAGAAGCCCGCACUGUAGAAGCGGACGUCCUGAGCCGCCGGUGCGUCAUGAUGCGGCUGGUAGAUUUCUCCUAUGAGCAGUACCAAAAGGCUCUCCGCCAGUCAGCUGGUGCUGUGGUGAUCAUCUUGCCAGGGUCUAUCUCUUCUGUCCCGCAGGAUGUUGUAAGGCAAUUUAUGGAGAUAGAGCCGGAAAUGCUUGCUAUGGAAACCAUUGUGCCAGUCUACUUUGCAGUGGAAGAUGAAGAACUGCUGUCUAUCUAUGAACAAACAAGGGCUGCUUCUGCAUCGCAGGGUUCUGCCUCAGCUGCAGAAGUUCUGCUGCACACGGCAACUGCCAAUGGCUUCCAGAUGGUGACCAGUGGGGCUCAAAGCAAAGCUAUCAAUGACUGGCUCAUACCCAGCGUGGAGGGAAGGCUAACAGGGCUGGGUGGAGAAGACCUGCCCACUGUUGUGAUAGUUGCCCACUAUGAUUCUUUUGGAGUGGCUCCAUGGCUGUCACAUGGUGCUGACUCCAAUGGCAGUGGGAUCUCAGUGCUACUGGAACUAGCCAGGCUGUUUUCCCGGCUGUACACCUACAGACGUACCCAUGCUGGGUAUAACUUGCUGUUCUUCGCAUCUGGAGGCGGCAAGUUUAAUUAUCAAGGAACUAAACGGUGGCUGGAAGACAAUUUGGACCACACUGAUUCCAGCCUACUGCAGGACAACGUAGCAUUUGUUCUCUGCCUUGAUACUCUGGGCCGAGGCAAUAGCCUUCAUCUCCAUGUCUCAAAGCCUCCCAAGGAGGGGACCUUGCAGCAUGUAUUUCUGAGGGAAUUGGAAAUGGUUAUCGCCAGCCAGUUCCCAGAGGUGAAGUUUUCCAUGGUACACAAGAAGAUAAACUUGGCUGAGGACAUGCUGGCAUGGGAGCAUGAGCGUUUUGCAAUCCGACGCUUGCCAGCAUUCACCAUCUCCCAUCUGGAGAGCCACCGGGACAGCCUGCGCAAUAGCAUCAUGGAUAGGAGGGCAACGAUAGACACUAAGGCACUAACCAGGAAUACUAGGAUCAUUGCUGAGGCUUUGACAAGGGUCAUCUAUAACCUAACAGACAAGGGAGCACCUGCAGAUCUGCAGAUCUUCACAGAUCAGAUGCAGAUCCAGCAGGAGCAGCUAGAAUCAGUGAUGGACUGGCUGAGCAGUCAGCCUAGGGCUGCCCAGCUGAUUGAUAAAGACAGCACCUUCCUCAACACCCUAGAAUAUUAUAUGGGUCGCUACCUGAAGGAUGUCAAACAGCAUCAUGUAAAGGCAGACAAACGGGAUCCUGAGUUUGUUUUCUAUGACCAGCUGAAACAGGUGAUGAAUGCAUACAGAGUCAAGCCAGCAAUUUUUGACCUCCUCCUGGCUGUCUGUAUCGCAGCCUACCUUGGUGUUGCCUAUGUUGCAGUGCAGCACUUUGGUCUCCUUUACAAGAUGAUACAGAGAUUAUCCCUUAAAACCAAGCAGCAGUGAAACAAGUCACCACCUAUACAGCAGCACUGAGCCAUCCGUGAACCCAUCAGGAACCUUCUGCCUUCCACUGAAUCCUGCUGAUUCUCUUCCUCUGUCUCCUCUUUGCUACUCUAUAGAAGAGAAGAAGGCAGAAAAAAAAAAUUUUAACUCUUGUGCACCUUUUAAGUGCUUUUCUUCACCUUCUUCCUCUGACUUGCACCACAUCUGUUUUCCUUUGC